UCAAAAUUUAUAAUUUGAUGAUUACGUUUCAUUUAGUCUUGAUUUUUUCAUAUCUAAACAGAAAUAAUUUUAAUGAGCUAAUUGUAAACUCAUCUUUUCGUCACUUAAUUUUCUGUCACAUUUUCAAUCGUUCUAAUAUUUAGCUUUCGUUCCAGUUCAACGCAAAAAUCAUGGAUUUUAAAUACAACGAUAGCUUAUUCCAUCGUAAAUGGAAAGUGAAAGAGGAUGUGAUCAUCUCGGGAAUGUCCGGACGAUUCCCGAAAUCAGAAUCUGUGGAUGAAUUUGCUGAUAAUCUGUUCAAUUCUAUUGAUAUGAUGACCGGAGGAAAUGAUCGAUUCCGUUCAGGUCACAAUAAUUUACCUCAAGUAAGUGGAAAAGUUGGUAAUCUAAGCAAAUUUGAUGCUCAAUUUUUCUCGAUCCCUGAAUAUCAAGCUGAUCAUAUGGAUCCACAAUUAAGGAAAUUAUUGGAAGUCUCAUAUGAGGCGAUCAUUGAUUCGGGUUUGUCAGUUGAAUCAUUAAGAGGAUCUAAAACUGGAUUUUUCUAUGGGUCGUCGUUUGCUGAGACCGAAAUAGCCUGGGGUGAAGAGCCGCUUGAGUUGCCCAGAUACAAACAGAUAUAUACGACAUUGGUUCCUUAUAUUUUCGACCUGAAAGGACCAAUGUGUCACUUCGACACAGCCUGUGGGUCAAGUUUCGCAGCGCUGACUGAAGCAUUCACAGCAAUUAAGUCAGGAAUUUGCGAUAAAGCUUUGGUCGCUGGAUUCAACAUUUGCUUAUUACCAGUGGUCACUUCACAAUUUCGAGAUCUUCAAAUGGUUUCACGAAAUGGUCGAUCAAAAUGCCUCGAUAAAUCAGCUGAUGGUUAUGGAAGAUCUGAAGCCGUUUGUUGUAUCGUGCUACAAAAAGCACCAGAUGCUAAACGAAUUUAUUCAACGAUAGUUAAUUGUCGAUCCAAUGCCGAUGGUUAUAAAGAUCAGGGUAUUUCAUUUCCAUCGGUCGAUUUACAACGACAAUUAAUGUACGAAACCUACACCGAAGUUGGUCUUGAUCCAACCAAAGUAACCUAUGUCGAAGCUCAUUGUACCGGUACUCAAGCCGGUGACCCAGUUGAACUAAACGCAAUUCACGAUAUUUUUUGUAUCGGUCGAGAUCUAUCAAAUCCGCUGAGAGUUGGGUGUUUAAAAUCAAACAUGGGACAUGCUGAGGGUGCGUCAGGUAUUUGCGCUACAGUUAAAGCCAACAUGAUAUUUCAAAAAGGUCUGAUUUCUCCUAAUUUGCAUUUAAAAACACCUAAUCCAAAGAUUGAAGGACUAAUGAAUAAGACAAUUGUUCCAGUUACAACGAUUACUCCUUUCGAAGACGAAAUUAUUUCGCUUAAUUGUUUUGGUUUUGGUGGUGCUAAUGCUCAUGUUAUUCUCCGAGGUCAUGAUGUCCGAUCAUUGGCUGAUGAGUUCAAAGUAACUCUAUCAAAAUUACCUCGAUUAGUUAAUAUUCCGGGUCGUUCAGUCGAAGGUAUUAAAUUCGUGCAAAAUUAUCUCGAAUCAUCGGUCAGUAAAUUAACCAGAUCAUUUCUCGAUCUUCUUAAUGAAUAUUCAAAAUCUCGUAAAAUGCCUCAUCGUGGAUUCACGUUGAUUGAAGGAGAACCUGAAAAAUAUUCAAUGAAACAUUUCAUUGGAAAUCAACUCAACUCAAUUGAACAUAAAAAAGUCUAUUUAACAUCAUCAACAAAUCUAAUUAACGUUGAUCCAAAUCUAAAAGAUUUACCUGUUUUCUCAGGUACAAUCAAUAGAUUGACAUCUUACCUUAGACCAUUUGAUUUGAAUUUAUUUCACCUCGUUUUCGGUGAGAUGAAAGUUACCAACCCUUUGGAAUCGAUCAUUACAUCAAUUGCUAUUCAAUUGGCGAUUGUUAAUACAUUUAAAUCGAUACAAUUAAAUAUCGAUGGAGUGGUGAUUCCAACAAUCGGAUAUUUGAUUGAUCUUUAUGCCAACAAUAAGUUGACUGAACAAGAAGUCAUUCUAACUGCUUGUUGGUUUGGACAUUUCGUCCUAAUAAAAGAUCAAUCGAUAAUCAAUCCAACAAUUGAAGUUUAUUCAUCGUAUGAACAAAUUAAACCUCAUUUAACGGAAGGAAUCAAACUCACCAAGCAGACAUCCGGUAAAUCGUGUGUCAUCUCUGGACAUUACGAAGAAAUGUUUUAUUCGAUUAUCGAUAUUCAACUGGCUAAUAUAACGGUCAAAUGGCCUGGAGAAUCGAACAAUCGUUCUAUCGAAUUAAAUACAAAUUUCUCAUUAAAUCGAGGCGAAAAAGAAGUCAUGAAUAUGCAUAGAUUCAAGGAUCAUCUGAUGAUGCAAGUCCUUUCAUCGGAUCAUUACAUUAGAAUAAUUAAGGAAUUGAAAGAAUCGACCGCAAAUAUAAUAUUAAUACUCAACACAGAUUAUCAACAUUUCAUCUUACCAGAAUCAAUUUGGAAGCAUCAAAAUGUUCCGCUUCAACCAAAUCAAUACAAUUUAUCAGAUAUGAAAAAGGGUUUUCUUUCCGGGGAUAGUUUGUUUACCUGUUUAGGUAAAAUUUAUGCAAAUCAAGGAAUCAACUAUCAUUUGGAACAUUUAUAUCCAACUGUCAAUUAUCCUGUUCCGAUUGAUACUCUCUCACUUAAUUCAUUGAUCAAGUUUGAUCAUUCAGAAGAUCGGAAAGUUUUCAAAUAUCCUGAAUACUUUAACCAAGCGAAAUGCUCAACAACUUACAGAUUUCGAGUUAAUCUCACUGAUUCUGAAGAUUGGUUCUUGGCAGAUCACAAGAUCGAUGGCCGAGUCCUUUAUCCAGCAACCGGAUUAUUAAUGCUUGUUUGGUAUACGGUUGCUAGAUAUCAUGGAACCAUAGCAACACUAUUUCCGAUUGAAUUUCGAGAUAUUAGAUUGAUUCGAGCUACAGUUUUAACAGAAAAAGAAGUUAGCUUUACUGUACAAUAUUUACCUUAUAACGGAACUUUUAGUAUUUCCGAAAGUGAUACUGUUGUAGCCUUUGGUAAAGCGUUUGGAAAUCCAGAUUUGGAGCUGGUUAGAACUUCUCAUCCUAAAUUGCGAAAAAAUUCUUGUGAAUACAAUCUCAAUAAAAAAGAUAUCUACAAAGAGUUACGAGUUCGUGGCUACGAUUAUGGUCCACAUUUUCAAUGCUUAACCUCAGCUUCGAGCUCAAGAGUACAUGGGAAAGUUGAAUGGCGAGACCCGAAAAAUUCAGAAUUGAAAGCAUCAACCACAAUCGGUAAAUCUCUUGCUGGAGUCUUUAGUUUUUUGAAAACUUGGAUAACAUUUACUGAUUCGAUCUUACAGUUUGUUCCACUAUCCAAUCAAAAUAAUCGAAAUCUUUAUGUUCCUACUGGUCUCCAAUCGUUAAUUUGUGAUCCAAUUCAAAUUUUAGAGAUGGUUAAUCACUUCAAUAGACUUUCAAAGCUUAUUAAAACCUCAGAUUCAAAGAAAACUGACUUAAGUGUCUCAAUUGACCACAAAAGGUCAAUUAAAGAUACAACUAAGAGACAUUUAUAUCCAGAAUUUGAUGUUUAUCAUGACCCGAUUACACAAACAGUUUCGACUGAAGGAGUUUGGGUCAGAGGUCUUUUUGCAUCUGAUACCAUCCGAAGAAAACAACCAGUUACUGUUUCGACUUACGAUUUCACGCCGUUCCAUGAAAAUCAUGCCGUCGAUGAAAUUACCUUACAAUCAAUCGAAUCAUAUUCAUCUUCGAUUUUUAAUCUUAUUGAUUUGUUACAACAAAAGAUUCUGACUUCGAUUGAUAUGGUCGAUUGCGACGAAGAAAUAGAAUCAAUUACAAACACAACUGACCUUAAUGAAGAUCAACAUUCAUUCGCUAAAUAUUUGACCUGUUUGUGUCGAGGAGAAACACCAAUGACAGAAACUAUUUCUAAACUACACGAUGACUUACUAAUUGGUAGUAAAUUAGCUCCUUAUUCUCAUCAACGAUUUUUACAGCCAUUUGUGAAUAUUGCAACUCGUAGUAAGUGUUAUGGAGGUGAUGUUUAUUCAGAGUACAACAUUGUCGAAAUCAAUGAUACUCAAGGUUUUCUUUUCGAUUCCAUCAAAUCACUUCUCGAAACGCAGUACUUUGAGUUGUUGGAUAUUAAAUACACUCUGGUGAGAUCGAAUUUAUCUGAGGAAGACACUGGAACUAAAAAACUUUCUAAACUUUCUGGUGUCAAGAAUAAAAUUAUUUGGAAUAUCGAUGAAGCACCAGCUCCAAGUGAUCUGAGUAGAAACGAUUUAGUUAUUUACAAAUUGGCUAAUCAAUCAAUUGAUUCAUUAAUCUCGAAUAUCGAAAAAAUUCAAUCGAUUCUAAAACCCAAUGGUCAUUUGUUGGUAUUGGCCAGAGAAAACUCAUCUAAUUUGGAAAGUCUCAGAUCGAAUCCAUUUGUUCAAAAUCUACUGAAAGAUUUUCUUCCAGAUUCAAUUGACUCAAACUCACUAAUUGAAAAAAUGAAAGAAAAUAAUUGGGUUUGUAUAAGUAAACGAACAGUUUCACCUAAUUCGUUGCCUUUGGUUGGAUUAAUGUUCAAAAAGUUACCAGAAUCGAUUAAUCUUGAAAAACAUAAGAUUAUUCGAGUCAAUCCAUUUGAAUAUUCGUGGCUCGAUAAUCUCAAAGAUGAAAUAAAAGCCGAUGAAGAAUCAAUAAUUUGGUUGGUUAGUCAAAAUGUUUCCGAUGUAAGUGUACUUGGCUUAGCGAAAUGUUUGAGUUUAGAGCCUUACGGAUCUCGAAUUCGUUGUGUUGCUCUUCAACCUGGUUCUAAAGGAAUCGAUUUAUCAUUAAUUGAUUUGCAUAGUCCAACUUUCCAUCAACUAAUAACCAUUGAUUGUAAAUUCAAUAUUUAUGAUGAUCAACUCGGAUGGGGAGAUUAUUGUCACUUCGAGAUACCAACAAAACAAGAGACCGAUAGCAAAUGUUUAAUCCAAAGUAAAGAUGCUUAUGUUCAAUGUUUAAUUCCUGGUGAUCUUUCAUCACUUGUAUGGACUCAAUUCAAUCCAAUUCCUGAUUCUAAAAAAGGUCAAUCUCUUGUGACAAUCAACUAUUCGUCUCUCAAUUUCAAAGAUAUUAUGCAUGCGACCGGAAGAUUACCUUCCAAUUUGAAUCCCGAUUGGCACACUUCUGUAGAAAUGUCAGCACCGAUUGGAUUAGAAUAUGCUGGUAUCGAUUCAAAUGGUUAUCGAAUUAUGGGUUUUGUUCCUCAUCGAGCGUUAGCUACUAAACUUAUCAUUGGAACUAAUGAUUUCUGUUGGUCUAUUCCAUCGAAAUGGACCAUGGAAGAUGCAGCAACCGUACCAGUCGUUUAUGCAACUGCGAUUUAUGGUUUAUUGAUUCGUGGUGAGCUUCGUCAAGGUGAAUCUGUACUGAUUCAUGCGGGAUCAGGAGGUGUUGGAAUAGCAGCGAUAAACAUUUGUUUGAGUAUGAAUUGUCGAAUCUUUACAACUGUUGGUACGAAUGAGAAACGGAAAUUUCUCCAAGAACAAUUUCCUUCACUCGACGAGACGAGUUUCACUCAUUCAAGAUCAACUACAUUCGAAGAACAUGUUCUUAGACACACGAAUGGUCGAGGUGUGGAUGUUAUUCUCAAUUCAUUAUCUGAGGAAAAACUACAAGCAAGUGUAAGAUGUUUAGCACCAGGUGGAAGAUUUCUGGAAAUCGGUAAAUAUGAUAUCAUGCAGGACAGUAAGAUUAACCUGGGGCUUUUCGAUGAGGGUCGAACUUUCCAUGGAAUUUUACUUGAUGCAUUCAUUACCUCUACAAAUCACCUCAGUGACAGUGGAGUGUCACAAGUAAAAGAGAAAAUCACUGCUUAUAUGAACCAAGGAAUUACUUCAGGAACAAUAAAGCCCCUUCCAAGAAAAGUAUUCAAAAUGAAUCAAGUUGAAGAAGCUUUUCGAUUUAUGGCCACAGGUAAACACAUUGGGAAAGUUCUGGUUAAGAUAAAAGAUGAAACCAACGAUGCUAAAUGUUCUUUGGCAACAGUAAAAUUGACAAAAGUAAAUGAAAUUUCAGCAAUUGGAUCGAUCCCAUUAUCAAUUAAAUCACCAAUUUUCUAUCCAAAUAAAGCUUAUGUUAUUGUCGGUGGAUUCGGAGGAUUUGGUUUGGAAUUAGCUUGUUGGCUGGUCCGAAAAGGUGUUCGUCGAUUGGUCCUUAAUUCUCGAUCUGGACCUAAGUCAUCUUAUCAUAAAUUAUCUUUGGAUCGAUUAAAGUCACUUGGUGCUAAUGUCAUUAUAUCAACACACGAUUUAACUUAUGAACAAGAUUGUUGUUCACUUCUCGAAUCCCUUUCACCUUAUCCAAUCGGUGGGAUAUUUAAUUGUGCUCUCGUUUUGUCUGAUGCUUUAUUAUCCGACCAAAAUGCUGAAACUUAUGAAAAAGUUUGUUCAUCGAAAGUCAAAAUAACAAAGAAUUUAGAUAAAUUAACUCGAUCAAUGGCUCCAUUUGAUUGUGAUUAUUUUGUUGUCUUCUCAUCCGUAACUUGUGGGCGAGGUAACCCAGGUCAAUCUAAUUAUGGAUUAGCCAAUUCUUAUAUGGAAUCAAUUUGCCGAGAAAGAUUCAAACAUGGACUCCAUGGCCUAGCGAUUCAGUGGGGAUACGUUGGUGAUGUUGGGUUUGUUGUCGAGAAAUUCGGUGUUAACAUUGAUUCAAUUCGUGGAACAGCAGCUCAACGAAUCCAUUCUUGUUUCUCUGUACUUGAACGAGCAUUGGUUUACCCUUCUCCCGUUGUAUCGAGUUGGCUGCAAGAGAUUGAUAGAAAGAAGGUUUCAUUUGGAUCUAGAGGCAUAAUUGGCGCGAUCAGUCACAUCUUGGGUAUCAAAGAUAUUAAUUCACUUGAUCCUAAUGUUACUUUAGGCGAACUUGGUAUGGAUUCGUUGAUGGCGAUCGAAAUUCAGCAUGUUCUGGAGAAACAGUAUAGCAUCUCGGCCAUUCCUCAGGAAAUUCGAGCGUUCAAAAUAUCUAAACUGAAGGAAUUAUCAAAAAAAUGGAAUGCAGACGAGCAAAGAUCAGAAAUAUUGACAAAAAAAAGUUCGAUUAUCACCUUAAAUGAUACAAAUUCAAUAAUAGAAUCACUUUUAUCUCUUCAAGUUCCAAAAACAAUAACAAGUAAUCUGAAUGAUUUAUUAAUAGAAAAAUCAAAAUCAUUCAGACCAAUUUAUUAUAUGCCUCCCAUCGAAGGAAAUUAUGAUUUAAUGAAAGGUCUCAUUGAUCGUAUCAAAAGACCAGCGCUUGGACUUAAUUGGACUUACGAUCUUUCAUCUCUUACCUCAAUCGAGUCUGCAGCAAAUUAUUAUGCUGAUUAUCUGACCAAAUGCCACUCAUCAAAUGACAAAAUACACAUGAUUGGGUAUUCAUUUGGUGGCAUCAUCGCUUAUAAUAUCGCAUGUGAGUUAGAGACUCGAUUUGUGUCUAAUAGAAAUGGACCAAUAAUCGAGAAAUUGAUCCUUAUUGAUGCUGAUCCUGAAAAGCUGAAAAAUGUCGCAGAAAUAACUAUAAAUACUCGAGUUAAAACUAAAGAUAUGAACAUUCAAGAGACAGAAUUUGUUAAAGUAGUAAUUAAAAGAGUGUUUUCGAAAUUUAAUCAAAAUCAAUUCGAUGCUGAAAUAAAUAAAUGCUCUAAUCGACAGGAAAAAUUCGAAAUGUUCACAAAAAUCAUGAUUGAUAAAGGAAUUCCCGAAGAUAAAGCAGAUAUGAUUUCUAAAGUUAAUGAGUUAACUUUUCAAAAAGGACAAAUGCUCAUCAAUUAUUCACCAAAACUGAAUUCGAAAUUAACUGAAAUAAUUCAUAUUCGAGCUAAGACUGAUCUACCAUUAUUCCGAACUGCAAAACAAACUAAAUUCAAACUUGGAACCGAACACUUUUUUGAUGGUAAUCAUCACAUUGUAAUUGGAUUGAAUCUAGACGAUAUCGUGAAAAUAGCAAAUAAUUUCUUUAAAAUUCAAUAAUGCUAACGCUCUCAUAAUACAUUUCUUUUAUCCCUACCGUUUAUAACUUUGCAAUCAAUUUUUGCAUUUUUGCUUGUUCUGAUUUCGACUCACUUUUAAUGAAAUCAAUAUACUUUUAAACAUGAUUAAAUUAUAGAGCCUUUUGAAAAACUAAAGUUUCUCGAACGAAUUCUAGUCUGAAUACUCAGCUCUAAUGAUAUUUGCUUUCUUUUCAUCUUCUUCAACGAUUGUCAGUCCAAUGGAAUAGUCAUUCGUAAUCUUACAACCCUCAUCAACAAUUAUUGUUUCAUCGUCAUCAUCAAUGAUGAUUAUCUCAGGUUGGCACUUUCAAUUCAACUCAAUUUUAGGAACUUGGUUGUAAUUUGUUUGUGUUUAUUUUUUUAAAUCAAAUCUACACAAUAUGAAACCUCAACGACUUUUUGAAUGUCGGCAUCAUAAUUAAAUUCACAUUUGUAAUGUUUCAUUGUUUUAUUGUUAUUGCUUUGGUUCGUUUCAGGUUUGCUUGAAUACGUUGAGAGCUCUGACCCAAUCUAUAUUGUGAGUCGCAAUGGUGAAAUAUUCAUUAGCUUUUCUGUUACAAUUUAAGUUAAAGCAACAGAAUUGAAUGGGUCUACCUACGUAGGUUACUUACCAGCUCUACAGGAAACACAAUACAGUCCAACACCCGUUUUCGAACUCGCUAUUGACUGUGUAGUAUUUGUGACAAAUCGAGAAAAAAAAUUCUGCAGUUGAAGCUCAAAAUUAGAUUAUAACUCGAUAGAAAUUGUCUUUUCUAUUUGAUUACUUUUGUAAAUGCUCAUCAGAUGCUCGAAAUAAAAAU